UAGUGGCCAAUGGGCGCGCGCGGCAGAGGGCGAAGGGCAGGCCGGCGCUGCCGUAGACGCCAGGGACGCUCACUCGCUCCCUCCCUCCCUUCGACGCUGUGCACUGCCUGAAUGGACACCAGGUGGCACCACUGCAGGAGGACUCCAAUUGAGGCUUGAACAAAUGGAACUUAAUGGCAAGCCUGGAAGGAACCAUAGAGACCAUUCAAUUCAGCAUCUCGGUUUUUUGCAGCAAAAGAAACCAAGAAAGAAACAAACAGGAGUAACUUGUUCAGUAACUACCGAGUGGCAAAUCAAAUGAUGUUGUUUGGGAAAGUUCCCCAGCAGUUGUGUGCCUUAAAGAAACUCCCAUGGUCACGUGACUCCAGAUAUUUCUGGGGCUGGCUGAAUGCAGUGUUUAAUAAAGUGGAUCAUGAACGCAUCAGGGAUGUGGGCCCUGACAGGGCGGCAUCUGAGUGGCUGCUGCGCUGUGGGGCCAUGGUGCGCUACCAUGGCCAAGAGAGGUGGCAGAAGGACUACAACCACCUCCCAACAGGCCCUCUGGACAAGUACAAGAUUCAGGCGAUUGAUGCCACUGAUUCUUGUAUUAUGAGCAUUGGAUUUGAUCACAUGGAAGGCCUGCAAUAUGUUGAAAAAAUAAGGUUCUGCAAGUGUCACUAUAUUGAGGAUUACUGUUUGGAAAGACUUAGUCAAAUUGAAAAUUUACAGAAAAGCAUGUUGGAAAUGGAAAUAAUUUCAUGUGGAAAUAUCACAGACAAAGGUAUCAUUGCUUUGCAUCAUUUAAGAAACCUCAAGUAUUUGUUUUUAAGUGAUCUUCCUGGAGUAAAAGAAAAAGAAAAAAUUGUCCAAGCCUUUAAGACAUCACUGCCUUCUCUGGAACUAAAAUUAGACUUGAAGUAAAAUAAUAAUAUUCAAUGUGUCUUAUUUCAAUAUAAAAUAUCAUUUUAAAUUGUUGAUCCUAACAGCAACAAAUAUGUAAUCAUUAACAAAAUUAUAAGGAUGCUGUAUCUUGACACUCUAGAAGCAGUCCAUCAUGUAGAAAAUAAACAUUCAGAUGUGAUUCACUGAAGUUACUAAGUUGGAAGUAAGAAUUUAUGUUCAUUAAACCAUUUUAAUAAAAAUGCCAACCAGGUA